AUGACACCACCCGCUUGGAACCACAAUGAGUCCCGCCAAACUGCAAAAUCGCGACCGAACCUGGUGAUCUUCAUGCCAGAUCAGCUGCGAUACGACUCAGUUGGCUGUUUCGGGAAUCCCCAUGUCCGCACACCCAACAUCGAUGCCUUCGCAGCACGAGGAACAAAAUUCACCAACUGUUAUUUACAGGCCACUGUCUGCUCUCAGAGCCGUUGUUCCCUAUACACUGGGCAAUAUCCACAUGUCUCAGGCCACCGAAGCUUAACAAAUCUCAUCAAACCAUGGGAACCCAACAUGUUCCGCUCUCUCAAGGAGAGUGGAUACCACGUUGCGUGCUUGGCGCCUAGAGGAGACACGUUCGCACCCACAGUAACGGAGCUCAGUGUUUCAGAAUAUGGCUUUCUAGUGCCUCCAGAGUGGAUGCCGAAAUUCGGCAAGGGCGAGGCACCAGAGCCAUCGGAGGAUAUCCUGGAACGUUUGUUUUACCGGGGGCUUCGAGAUCAAGACAAAACGAUCGACUACGAUGAAGCUGCCGUGCGGUCUGCGAUCAAGUGGCUUGAAAACCCACCAAACGGCCCAUGGGUGCUUUAUCUACCGUUGAUAUUCCCGCAUUGCCCAUUCCAAGUCGAAGAGCCGUACUUCUCCAUGUACGACCGCCAGGAAAUGCCAAUCCCCUCGAAGCCGAGCCAUAAGACAGGCUAUGAGCCCAAGUACUUUGCAGAGAACCGGAACCGCUAUGGUACAGAGCGAGCGACCGAUGAAAUCUGGGCUGAGAUUACAGCGACUUAUUAUGGCAUGAUCUCGCGUCUCGAUACGCAAUUCGGACAGGUCAUAUCAGCAUUGGAAAGGACAAACUUGGCGAGCAACUCAGUGGUCGCAUUCUACACCGACCACGGCGAAUAUCUCGGAGAUCAUGGCAUGAUUGAAAAAUGGCCCAGUGGUGUGUCUGAGGUUCUUGCGCGUGAGCCGCUGAUCAUAGGUGGUGCCGGUCUGCCCGAGGGCAAGACCAACAACGACAUCUGUGAGAUGGUCGAUCUGCUCCCUACUAUUUUUGAGCUUUGCCAAGUUCCAGAAGCCUUUCCACACAAUGGUAUCUCUCUGCUGCCCACGAUACAUGGUGAUGGAGAGCACCCGAAGAAGUACGCGUACACUGAAGGCGGGUUCCUUAAUUCAGAGGAGCCGCUUCUUGAACAAGCUCCCUACCCAUACGACAUCAAAUCUAUUCUUCAGCACGAACAAACAGAGAUUGUCGGAAAGGCGGUUUCAAUGAGAAGCGCUGACUGGACAUAUGUUUAUCGACUAUACGAACAACCCGAGCUGUACAACAGGAGGUCUGACAUCGAAGAACUUCACAACUUGGCUGGAGAUCCAAAGUAUGAAAGUAUAGUUCGAGACAUGCAGGCGGAAAUGUUUCGCUGGAUGAUGGCAACUUCUGAUUUCCUCCCCUUCCAGAAGGAUGCCCGAUUUCCCCCAGUUGGUCUUGAAAGCCCGGAAGAGCAGUAUCAAAAGCGACUAGAGGCAGCUUGA